AUGGACGAAAUCCAUUUGCUCGACGAGAAGUGGCAGGUGUCGACAGAGUCAAAUACAUCAAGUAGUUCGACAGUGAGUGUGGGCGAGCUUUUAGUUACAAUAACUAGUGUCGAAGACUUUUGGGGAUGUUAUGAAGCCAUGGGAGACUUCACUGAGAUGAAGACGGGGACGGAUUUAUACUUCUUAAAAGGAGAGAGCAAAAUUGCGGACAACUACAGAAAAAUCGUGUUCCAAUUUCCAACGUCCAACAAAGAGGUGUUUAACAACGCGUGGCUCAACAUCCUACUUGCCUGCCUUGGAGAGUCAAUGACAUACACCGAGCAAAUUCGUGGUGUUUUGUUCUCUUGCAGAGCAGACUACAAGGUCACCAUUUUCCUAUCGAGAAGUUGUGAAGAGGAGGUCAUGAAAAAACUUAUCGAGCAAAUCAGAAGCUAUAACCUUUUGACUAACGAUGUCAAAAUUAAAUAUACUAACAUCAACAAAGGCGGUUUCUUAGACAGCAAAUAA